ACCAACAAAACGCAGUAAUUAAUGCAACUUCAAAAUACACCCGCAAACUGCCCACAGCCACUGCUUCUCGUGCCCGGUUAGUGGCUACUGUUAGCUCCAAGUUUUCAUAUCCAUUUUCCACUCAUUCUCUCCUUUUAAACCUUACACAUCGUCUCUCACAGUCACCUCCAAAUUAACUAACAAAAACUCCAACCAAAUUGAACCCAGAUCCAUGAUGAUUGAUAUAUGGUCCUGGAUCUCUGAGCUCCCUGAGUUGGCCGACUGGACCGACUCAGACUCCUCUCACAUCAUCGAACUCGCCACCUCCAAACCGCCUGGAGAUGACUUCACUCGGACUAUUCAACUCAAAGCAGAGAGAACUGCUGGGUCCAACUUGGAAGCAUUAGUGACCUUCACUAUAUCCUUACAGGGUUUUCACCCCCACAAUGCUCCAAAGACCCUCUGGGUUUCUGAUACCUGUCCUCUCAAUUCAGAGAAACCCUUCCUUCCCCUAUUACUCCAGCUUCUCCAAGAAAUCAUCACCCGCUCACCCAUGGCGCACAAUACUACUUGUCCUCGUUCACAGCUACAAAAACUCAAGCCCGAACCGAUUUCUUGGAUAAUGGACUCUCACUCACUGGAAUCUUUUUCGAGUUUCUUCAACUUAGUGUUUCUGAUGCGCUUGUUUUGGCUGUGCGUGUGUGAUGCUCCUAGUGAAGUUGGGUCCUUAUACUUUGAAUCCCUAUUGCGUCCUAACCUUGAAGCCUUCAAAUGUGAACAAAACCCUGCUCUGCGAACCUUUCUGAUUACUGUGGGAGUGGAUGCCGAGCUCUGUUUUAUGCGCACCCUUGGGUAUAUGCUAACAAAAUGGCUUAUUUUAAGGGAGGUGGGCGUAGGAUUGCAUGUUUUAGCCCCUAUGCUGGAUCAUCAAGUAAAGUUAUCUUAUGCAAUGGAGGCUCAUGGGUUUUGGGUACUCAAGGGCUAUGCACCCAUUUUGGCUAUGGAUCUUACUACAAGUUCUAGAAAUAACAAAUUUCCUGCUAUUGAAGCAAGGGAUUCAGUGCUAAAGUACGCCUUAGCACACCAACAGUUAGAGGCAAUCUUACAGUUGGAAUAUUCAGUUAGUUUCUCUGAAGGGUGUAUUCGGGUUAAGGUACGCGUGGAUAACUUGCGGUUCCACGUGGCGAAAUUAGGAUUUAAGAAAAAUGAUGAUGCAGAUUACGCAGACGAGAGGCAUUUUGUGUCCAGGGCUCGAGUUUGGGUCGGGCCAGAGGUUGGGGCAACUUAUGUUGUUGGAAUGAGCUUGGGUAGGUCCACUGAUAAUGGAGAGAGAGAAGUGGAAAUGCAGAGCGUUAUGAAGGGGAAUUACGAAGAUUCAAGAGCUCCUAAGGUGAAAACAAGAGCAAGAAUGGCAACAAGGACGAAGAUGAAAAAUUGGAGGUGGGAUCAAGAUGCUGAAGGGAAUAGUGUUAUUUUCGAUGCAGUUUUGUAUAACAAUACUACUGAUCAUGAAGUUGCUACAUCGAAAAUGGUUAACAAUAAUAGCGGUGGAGGAAAUAACAAUGGUGCUCGAAAUAGAUACAAUGGGCAGACAAGACCAUUUACGAAAACAAGAGGGUUGGUUUUUGCAGGAGAUGAAUAUGGGGAGGGAGUAGAGUGGAGAUUGAACAAGGAAAUGGAAGGCAGUGUUUUGAAGUGGAGAAUAGGAGGGCAAGUUUGGGUAAGCUAUUGGCCUAAUGAAGUGAAGAGUUCAUAUUUCGAGAGUAGAUGUGUUGAAUGGUGCAAUGAGGUUGAUUUGCCUUUAAUUACAGGAAAAUAAAGCCACUAGGAAUAGAAAUAGAACUGCUAUUUUGUAAAUAUAAAAAGGCAAAUGGAAGAGGUUGGUGUACGUAUGUAUAUGACUGAAAUCUGAAAUAGAAGUGAGUUUUAAAUGUAUGCA